UUUGAUUUUAAUUGAAGGGGGUCGAAGCCCAAUUUCAUCUGAUCAAUUACCAACUCUACAACCCCAAAUCCCCACCCCAAAAAAUGUCCGACGAAGCUCAAUACUCCGAUUCCGGUGAACACCAUACCACCGUCACCGAUAACCCUAAUUCUAACACCAAAGCUUCCGCCACCGUCGACGACCUUCCGCCGGAGCCUACCACCACCGUUACAACCGCCGACGAUGACACUAACAACAAUAACAACUCUUCAACGUCCUCUCAAAUGGCCAAUGGCUUAUCUUACACAAUAUCAACUAUAAUUAGAGAUUUCGAUACACAAGCUCAACACACUUCUCGUAGUCAAGAUCAGCUUUCUUCUGCAAUCGAUCGUCUCACUAACGAGUUGGAUCAACUUCUAGCAGAUGCACCAUCACCUUUUGUUAUGCAGCAUGCUGCAAAAAUAACUGGUGUUAGAAAACGAGUAUCGUCUCUAAAUUCAGUUUUGAAGUCCAUACAACGGCGUGUUGAUAAUAUAGACAGAUUGGUCUCUGCUGGCUUGCCUAAUAAUGAUGAGAUAGCCAGUGGAAGUCCUGCAGAACGCUGACAGCUCUUUGAAUUGAAGAUUCAGAGGGAAUGUUUUCAACCUUUGGAUACCAAUUACGCCGGAGCUAGUAAUCUGGUGUGCUUUGGUUUCGUGGGUGACAAGAUGGUCGGGAAAUGUGGAUUGUGUAAUGCAUCAAAAUGGGUCAGUCGGGUCAGGACAAUUUUUUAGGUCCAAAUGUGUCGGGUUGGGUUGACAUGUAAACUCUUUAAUGUAAUUUCCGAUGAAAUUCUUAACAAGAACCACAUUGUCUUUGAAAAUAGCCAAUGUCCACCAUUAGACCAGAACUUUCAACUUCUUGGUGAGGAACAUCUUGAUGUCGUUUGGUUACAAACCCUUUGAUAGGUCGAACAUGUUAUGCAUGCAAACCGAACAAGUCAAAAUUCAAAUCAAA